UCUAAAUAAAAAAUAACUUGACACAUGAAAAAUAAAUCAAGAAAGCCACAUUCAUUGCUGCCGUUUAAUGCAAUAUACAUUAAAUAUAUCCAGAAGAUCUAUUUGAAUAAAAGAGAAGUUGAGGAAAAACGCCCUGAUUUGUAAUGUAUCCUUUACUAAUUUUGUUAACGCCUUGCAGUUGAGAAAUUAUAUGAAAACCAUUUUUAUUUUUGUGGACACCGCAAGAAAUCUUUCAAGCUAAAAGAAGAACUGUAGAAACAACCAAGGUGCACGCUUCCAAAGACUUGCGACGAGUGCCAUCUAUAAAUGCAAGCGAUCGUUAUGAGAGCAUUAUCUGAAGAAGCAUAUGGAGAAUUACGUAUGCAAGCGACAAGUGUUUUCAAGUGCACCAAGAUGAAGAGCGAUUUGUGUGCACGUUGUGAUGCACAUGCAAAAUAUUUACGAAACACCUGAAUCAACUUCACAGCGAGGUUUUCUUGCCACAUAUGUGGAGGAAGUUUGCGAAGGAAGGAGGAAUCGCUAUAUAGAGAGACACUGCAAGCUACAAUUGGGAGAGCGCUACAAGCCAUGUGUGACCUUCUUGUCGCACAUCUUGAAGAGACAUGCGACAUGUGAUCUGCGACAAAUUAUUCAGAAGCAAAAUCCGUGUAAGCAGCAUCUGUUUGAUACUCAGUACAUGCGACAUGUGCGGCCAGAGUUUCAGUCAGAAGUCAAGACUGAUCAUCGGAAGAAACAUCAUGGACCGCUACUUCUUCUUCUUAUGAUAACGAUUGAUCAAGAAUCUGUUGAAGACGGAAGCAGAAAAGAAAGUUUAACGAAGUCUAAUUUAUUUUUGGAUUUAAGAAGAAUUGUGCGAUAGUACAAUAGAUAAUUUGCAAGCAAGAGGAAU